CCCCGGAUGAUCACUGGGAGGCCGUCUGCACCGUCGCCGGGAGAUUCGCCAAACACGACACGGUUUUCCGAAUAAAUCGUGCGUAAUCGCGCUGCUCUCCCCUCGCGCUAAUUUGUGAACGAGUUGAGCGACACCGGAUCCUGAAGAGAGAGAGAGAGAAAGAGUACUUGGAUAAAAUAACCGGACAGCGUCGUCGUCGUCGUCAUCGCCGAUGAUGAUGAUGAUGAUGAUGAUAAUGAUGAUGAUGCGUCGUCCAACGCUCGCCUAGACAACCCCGUUGUCGCUCAGGUCGUCGUCGACGUCGUCUUCUCCUCGUUUCUACAUCGACUGUGCGGCGGAAACGCGGUGGACUCAUGGAAGGCACGUUGGAGGAGCCCGGUAUUAAGGACUCUUCGCGGAGCAGUCCCGACAGGCACCUGAAAGAUAUGAUUAUUCCAAAUGGUGUCAACGGGAACUAUAGUGCUGACAACGAAGAGUACAUGGAUAUCAGUGACAGCGCAAGCCAGAAUAUGUCAAAAGAAUUUAUCACAGAAGAUGAAGAGGGUGAUGAAGAAGAGGAUGGAGAUGAUGAAGAGGAUGAUGAGGAUGGUCAGGAUGAAGAGGAAGCAGUCGAGAAUCAAGAUGGAAAAAAUGAAGAUAGUGAGGAAAAUGAAGCGCUAGGUAAUAAUAGUAAGGAGGGUGAAACAUUUGAUUCGAGAAAUGAUUUUAAAGUAUCCGAUGGUGUCAGUGAGACGAACAAUUCUAGUGUAGUGUCUAAAACUGAAUCCGAGUGUAAAAACGCAUGUGAAGCUAUGGAAGUAGACGAACAGAGUAACAAUUCUGAUGUCGAGUGUCUUGACGAAAGCAUUACGGAAAUACAAUUGGAUAAUGACGAUGUGUUCAUCUCGAAAAAAACUGUCAGAAAGCAAGACCAUGAUAUGUCAUCAAAUUGUAGCUGUGACAGUAGUGAACUUGCUGACAGCAGCAUGGAGAAGUCGGAUGUCAAGAUGUGCGAGGAGAAUGGAAGUUGUGGUAGUCCAGAUAUCGAAGAGAUAACAGAUAGCGCAAAGAAUAAUGGUCAUAAUGCUUCAGAUCUACGCGCUCUCAAAGAUCCCUCGAAACAAAGAAAACCACGAAAACAAAUAGAUCUUAGUAGUAUUACGCCAAGAAGAAGUUCGCGCAAUAUUAAACGUACAAGCUACAUAGAGAAAGAAAUAGAAGAAGAAGUAGAAGACGACGAUGGAUCUGACAUAGAAGAGAUUAAGCCUGAAGAUCCGUUAGCUUGUAUCGACAGCAAGGACAAGGAGAAUUCCAAACUAAAGUCACCACUGAAGAACAGUAAAACUACCAUCGUCGUUAAUGACACUAAGCGUCUGGUGGAGAUUGCCGCUGGUAGUAAAUCUGUCAAGGGUGGAAAGAAGGAACCUACAUUAGUCAUAAUAGAUACAAAUUCGAUUCUUUCAGGGCGCGGUGGAAUCCCUGUAAGUAACAGCAAGCCUCAUUCUAUCUCCAAUUCUAGCUCGUUUUCGGUUGUCCCCGUAGGCGGUAUGACAACGCAGACGAUGUAUUCCAAUAUGAGGACGACCAUCACGCCGGUACCAAUGACUUCGAAGACGGCACAACUAAGUCCGAAAGCUAGUAGCAUGACCACAGUUACGCCGACAGUACCACCGAUUUUACCAACCCUGACCGAUGACAUGUUCGUGGUUGAAGCACCAUCUUUCAUAGUACCUUACGUAUACGAGAAACCACCUCUAAGACCGUUAAAAGAAUUUGUUUCCAAAUUGGAAAAGAGCAUUGAGGAGAGAGAGAAGGAGUUGAAGAAACUCAUUGAUGAAAUUAAGGAUAACGAAGAAAAUAAGGAGGAUUCCUUGGAUAUUCUUAAGAAGGGCAAUGAAAAGUCUGACGAGAGUGAAAGCGAGGGACGAAGCAAGAAAGAGGGCGACGACAGAGGAAGUGAUAAUUCAAUAGACUUGACCGAGCAUGGAUUUAGUAGUGUAGGUGACAGACAGAGCGAACUAAGGCAAGAUGACAAGAAUAAAAUACUAACAUACUUCGAUUUACCGCUGGGCAAGUUUUUCAUGCAGAUCGGAAUGAAUCUUGUACAAGAGUUUGUGCAAACUGAUCUCUUACGGACUCAAAAGCGUAAGCAAGGCAAGGGUAGCACAUCGGCCGAGACUCAAUUAGCUAUAAAUUCGCUCAUCAAGAAUCUAGAGUUUAGUAAAGAGAAUAACGAACCAUUCCAUUUAGAGCUGAAGAAAUGCGAGUUCUGUAGUUUUAAAACGGAAUCGAUAUUAGUCAUGCAGCAUCAUCUAGAGACUCCGCAUAUGCGCAACUACGUUUACAAGUGUAACUUCUGUCCGAUGGAGGUACGCAGUCCCCACGAUAUCCUAUAUCACAUGGAGGCGGAGCACAAUACUCGCGGCAGACUGGAGCGCGGCCCGGCUUUCCACCAGUGUCCGAAUUGUCCGUUCGAGGACAAUCAGAAGGGCAAACUGACGCGGCACAUUCUUGCCUGUUCGAAAAAAUUCCGCCCGGAAAGAAACUUGGAAUCUGCUGCGGAUUGGGAACCACCGGCCAAGAUACCGAGACUAAAUCGCGCGCGACCGGUCGGACCGGCUAAUCCGAGCGCCCUCGCCGCGAUGGCGAUGAGCGCCAAGGGUCCGCAACCGCUCUUACCAAAAUUACUACCGGCGCCGAUCACGGGUCGUGGAAGAGGCCGACCGCCGAUGCAGCCGAGAUAUUCCGAUCUGAAAACGUUGCGACCGGGUACUACUACAAUGCGACAAGACAAUGUCGCAGGAAUGAUGUAUCGUCCCACAUCUUCCGGUUUAUUGGUACCUACGUCAUACCAGUUUGGUAGUAAUCAAAUAUUCCAGGUGGUGGGUGGUUCUGGGACUGUCAUGUCGGCUGUCUCGGGAGUGAGUAGCAGUAGCGGCGGCAGUUCCGGUCAACCCACACCAAUUGCACUUGUACCCAACGUAAUCGACUCUCUGUCUAGGUUGUCCUCAUCACAGAACACAACAACCAGCCCGAAAAACCCUACAGCAAAGCUGUUAAGUCAGCCGAGUAUAUCUAUUACUCCAUUACCACGUACGACAUCUCAAACCUCCAUUCCAGGAUCAGGAACUUCUUCAAAAUCUGGAGGGAAAAAUACAUUUGUUAUAUGUGAAAUUUGUGAUGGAUAUAUUAAGGAUCUAGAACAAUUACGAAAUCACAUGCAAUGGAUCCACAAAGUAAAAAUACAUCCAAAGAUGAUUUAUAAUAGACCUCCAUUAAACUGCCAGAAAUGCCAAUUCCGAUUUUUCACAGAUCAGGGCUUGGAAAGACACUUAUUGGGAUCUCACGGGCUGGUCACAUCCAGCAUGCAAGAAGCGGCAAAUAAAGGAAAAGAUGCUGGUCGUUGUCCGGCUUGUGGCAGAGUAUAUCAAUGGAAAUUAUUAAAUCAUGUUGCUCGUGAUCACGGGAUGACAUUAAAGCCGGCACAUCUAUCGUAUAAGUGUACAGUUUGCACUGCCACAUUCGGAAUGUACAAGCAAUUCGAGAAUCACGUGUACUCGGCGCAUAGUGUCGUGGCGAAGAGAGUGAUGGAUAAGAAGAAUGCGCCAGCAUCUCCAUCGUCUAGAUCGAACGACUCGCUUCUAAAACCAUUGAAGAUCAACGACGAGAUUACGAUUAUCCCACAACCAGCGAAACCUACAACUAGAUCCGGUGCAACUCAAGGCAGGGGAAAAUAGCAAUGAUGAGCUUGAGUGAUACUUGUGUCUUGUCCGAUCGAAUUUCGCAUAACUCUUUGUGGUACUCCAUACCAAUCACUGACAAAUGUACAGUGAUUAACGUGCCGUGUACAUGUGUAUACUAUUCUUAAGAUGCGAAUUUUAAAAACAUCUAAACGGGAAAAACAUAAGGAAAGGAAAAAAAAAAAAGAAAGAAAAAGGAAAGAAUACACGACUCUUUUAUGACGACAGAAAUCUAGUUGAUUGCAUAACAAUAUUCCAUCAAUGAUUACACCGAUAUAUUUAUUUAAGAAUUUUUAUUGUUGUUAUCGGACCUACAUAAAAUAGACUGUAAAAAACAUUAAAGGGUGGCCUUCAGUCUGACUCCUUGGUUAACUCCUAGAGCUGCAUACUCCCGACCUAUAAACGCCUAUGUGUAACACGGACUCAUUCGCGCGCGAAUAUAGAGUAUAUCUGCAUUCGAUACGUUGCAAUGCGUGCGGAUUACUCUCUUACAUAGCGAAUUCUCUAUAAUGUAAAUUCUUUUUCUAAGAUAAAUAUAUAUUCGAAUUUAUUCUAUUUUGUUAUUGACUCUAAUAUGAUUACUCGCGGGACAAUGAAGCUGUCCUCAAUCUCCGGUUUGAUAAGACAUCAUGUUUGCGGAACGUUUUCCGAAUGAUAUACGAUGCGAUAAAUUAUAUUAAUUGACCAGAGUGCCCUCGACUGUCACGCGAAUCUAUAGUACACAGGUACUAACGACAAGUGUAUACUACCACAUACGGUUCUUUAAAUCGUAUAGAUACUGUAUUCUCAUUUCGCCAUCAUACGUUUUUUAAUUAACAGUUAGUGAAAUUAUCGUCAUUAUCUUUAUUUAUGAUAUUUCAUAACUGUGUGUAUGGAAUAAUUUAUGGUGUAUAACACGAGAAACAUUUCUUUUUUUAAAAUUGAAAUUUGUGUAAAUUGUAUAUCUUAUAUAUUACUAUAAGUUUGACCUUUCCUUCCCCGCCUUUAGUCACGUAUAUCGUAAUAAAACAGAGAAAUAUUCGGUUUUAUUUUUGCGCUCUUAUAAGAACAAACAAAAAUGUACAUUAACAUAGGAUAUAAUAUAAAGAAAUAUAUCAAUAAAAUAGGCUGGCACACAAAACACACACUCGUGUAUACAUUUUUUCUGAUAAAACGAUAAACGUGAAUAUAAAACGGAACAUUGAUCCUGUUAGCACACAAUGCGACGCAUACAUCAUUUAUAUAUGUAUAUAUAUAAUAUAAAACGUUCGCAAAAACAACGUAUUAUAUAUAUAAAUAUGUAAAAUUAUAAUAGUAUAGAGCAAUAGUGUAAUACAAGAAGAGACUAUUCAUUUCAUUUUCUUCUUGUAUACACUCUCCGGAACGAUUAUAGGAUUAUCAUCAAUAUGUAGAUAGUCGUUAAAGAAAAUUAACGCGGAUUUAAUUUAGUAAUUUCAAUUUGUCCCGAUAAUUUUUGUACGUUAUUGUAGGAUAUAAUUUUAGAGGGAAAAAACCGUAAUCAAUGAAAAAAAAAGAAAGAUGGUGCGUUUUUGCACUGUAUGGCUGUAUUAUUUAAUUCUGCUACCUUGCCGAACGCUUAUGGCAAGCCAUGUUGGUAAAACUAAGAAACAGACAUAAUUACAGAAUAUAUAGUUUAUUGUAAUAAUUUGUACAAUAUUAUAUGAUUACAAAAAUAAAGUGUACCAACAUUGAACUAAAAUUCAAUAUGUGCAAUAUGAGCUA